AUGGAGCAGCCAUUCCUGGAAGUGAAGGUUCUCGAGACGACCAAGCGCUCUCGGAGAAACCUCGGCCUGGACUGCGACGAGCACUCCACCGAGUCCCGCUGCUGCCGCUACCCUCUGACUGUGGAUUUCGAGGCUUUCGGCUGGGACUGGAUCAUUGCCCCCAAACGCUACAAAGCCAACUAUUGCUCAGGCCAGUGCGAGUACAUGUUCAUGCAGAAAUACCCGCACACCCACCUGGUGCAGCACGCCAACCCCCGAGGCUCCGCAGGGCCCUGCUGCACACCGACCAAGAUGUCCCCCAUUAACAUGCUCUACUUCAAUGACAAGCAGCAGAUAAUUCACGGCAAAAUCCCGGGGAUGGUGGUGGACAGAUGUGGCUGCUCUUAGGCUGCAGGGGAGACACACACUUGUGUACAGCCACCAUCGCUUCAAAACACCCAAAACCCUUACGGAGUCUCCCCUGGUACCAGAACCCACUCCUCGGAGCCAGAUUUCACUUUUGCUCAGCAACAAAAUCAUCCCACUUGGUUUCCAUGUUUCCAGUAAUUAAAUUGAUUCAAGGUGUUUAAAAAAGGAAAAAAAAAUUAUUAUUUAAACAUGAAUCAACAAAGGACUGAGUGAUGGAAAUACAUCAUGAAUGAUUUAAAGAGGUUGUCUUUGCGAAGCAGCUUCCGAAAACAGUAAAUGAGACACAACUAUGUUAUAGAGUAUGUGUUAGUUUUGUGGGUUUUUCAAAGUUGAUUUUUUAACGGCAUCUUUGUGAAAUGUCCAGGUUAGUGGGUGGAGUUGACAGGAGACAUAAGCAUAUACAAUAUUUUUAAAUUAAUUUCAGUCCUAAGGUGAGUUUGGAAGAAACUUAAUUUUACAGAUACAUUUACUUGAGAAUGAGAAAAAUGUUUACAACGGGGCAUGAUCAGAAUUAUUUUGCAAUCUUUCACUUUAACAAAGAGAACUAAAUCCACACGUACGUGAGGAGGGUUUACCUAUAGAAAUACUGUUAGUAUAAAUCCAAAAUCUUGUUUACAGAUGUUUAGAAAUGUGCUCUAGAGAUUUAAGUGUUAAAGGAGAUCCGAAACCAAACCUAUACCCUCUAUUAAUGUAUAACACCCCAGUGUGACAUUCUCGAGUGUCCACAAAACCUUUCACAGUUACUUUGAUCUUUUUUAUUUGCAGUCUUGUAAAACUGAAAAAGAAAAGAGGGAGAAAACAGCUUGUGCUAUUUUAUCUCUAUCUUUCAAAGUGAAUACAUGGAGCCAGUGUAGCUAUUUCUGACAUUCUGCCAAACUAGAUAAGACUUAUUUAGGUUUUACUUCCACAUUAAAGUCUCAAACUAAGAAGUGUAAUGGAGGAACACUCAAGUUAUUCGGCACUGCCUGGGAGAGGAGGAGGAGCAGGAUCCCGCGGGAUGACGAGAACCCGACACAUUUUCUUUCUUCUAUACGUGACAAAAGGAAAAUACCAGUCACACCUUCAACUUUUGCCUGAAUGAGAUGCAAAUGCACUAUUUCAUAACUUGCAGAGGCUUGAGAGUGAGAGUUAUAAGACAAACAGAGGGCAAAGAUCCUGAAAUAAAAACACAGAGUGACUGUAAUGUUCAGCCUGCUGUGAACUAUUGAGCUGAAACAUGAUAACAUAAAUAUCACUUGAACUUUUCACACUCAUACUUGUUUGCAUCCAUUACACUUGAUGUUAAUUAACUUUUUCUCAAUACUAGUUUCAAAAAAGAUAAAAAUGCAAAAUCCUCUAACUCUAGUACUGUGCUCUGAAAUAAUAGCUUUUAAAAAUCACAACAAACCACAUAACACAAGGAAAUCAAGAGAAUGUAACUCAACCACAGACUUUAGAUUAGAAAACAUUUGAUUGCAUUUUAAAAUGCCCGCCUCCACCUCAACUGUUUUGUCAUCAUCGUAAAAUAUUGUUAGUGCUUGAACACAGAGUAGAUUAGAAACGCUAAAAGUCUGUCUUUGUCUCCUGGAUGUCAAAGCAAAGAUAUCCUUUUGUUGUAAACGAAAGCACUAUGCUGUUGGAUAAAGGAAGAGCCUUCUGACAUUAUAUAUAAAUGAUAUAUGUAUAUAUUAAAAAAAAGGGGUACAAAAACCUUUUUUGGGGCACUCUACCUUACCAACAAUAAAUUUUGCACUAUGGAACGUUCAUGGCUUGAGGAGGUAAAGUGUUGUUUGUGUUUUACCAAGCACAAGAGAGCUUGUCCAGUAUAGCAUAAAAAAGAAAAAAAAUAUUCAAGCUUCUGGUGAUAAACCAUGAACUAGAGAGGUUAUCACUUCUUUUUGAUACCAUCACGCUUUCCUGACUUUUGUCUGACGCGGGGGCCUGUCCAUACACUCACACACUUUUAUCCAAUCUGGAACCUGGACGUAGCGUACCAGCGGCCUGAAAGGCCUCCUUUCCCACUUUGGGUGAUAUGUCAUGUGUAUCUUAAGUGUCUGGAUCAAUGAAAAUAGAAUGCUUUAACUGGAAAUGGCCCGCCCACAAACUUUAAUUUGUUACCAUGUUAGAGAGACUACGUCCUUUUGACUUAAACAAUGUUUUAACUGUCUUGCAUAGACAUGUUUUUGCCUUUGUGUGUAUUUUAAGUGAAAGCACCCAUGCAAGAAUGGGAGGAGUAUCCAGGGAUUGUUAGCCAAAGUAGAGGAUGACAUGUUGUGUGCUGUAACUUUUGUGAUCGCAGGAAUAUGCUAGAACAUUUCAAAGGGAGGAAAAAGCUGGUUUAGGGGCAGUGGUUGGAAAUAAUUCAACUGGUCAAUUAUCUAUUUAUUAAUAAUAAUUACAAUGCAUUUCAAAGUCUGUCUACCUCACUCUAGCCUCCUAAAAACCUUGCUUUUUUAAAUUUGUCAUCAAUUAAUCUGUGCAGACAUUUAACCUAUAAGAAAGCCCCCAAAAAUGUAGAUGAAAACCACAGGGUCUCCUUGCUCUCAGGUUCAGAUUGAGUUAUUGACGGAGUGACUGAUGGUAGCGGCUCUGGUAAUGUGUGGUCAAAAGAAAUAAUUAGCUGUGCCCACAUCUAUGGCUCGUUGAGAAGUUGCAUUUUGAAUUUUAGUGUUUGUAUACUGGUAUGUGUGAGAGUGUUUUCAUAUAAAUAUAUGAGAGUAAGAAAUCUCUAUGUAAAUACCUUCCCAAAUGUUGACAUUUAUGAUAUUUUGGACAGGUUCGCCGCUUCUAAUGUUUUUCUCACUUUCCCCCGUCAUUCCUCCGUUCAUUGUGUAGUUUAAAAAAAAGAAAUCACCCCAACUUUGUAGUUUAAUGGUUGUGCAUAUGAAUAACUGUUCAAUUGUUAUUUUUGCCUUUUUGUUGUUUAUUUACUGUCAUUUUUCUUUUGUACAAUAAAUCAUUUA